AUGGCUACUCAUGCUAAAAUACACCAAUUGACUCCCGAACAACUUGCUUUAGCCAAGGCUCGGAAAGAGAAGAAAGAAAGAUUGGCCCAACAGGGAAACCCUACAGCUGAUAGACCAACUUCGCUGCUUGCUCGAGCAUGGUUGCCGAUCCAUAAUCCGCGUAUAGAGCGACCGAAUCCGCCGGCUCAUAAAGCUAAAGUAAUGACAUGGAAUGAAGUUGAUCGUUUAGACAAACUACUUCCUAUGCUGGAAAAGGCUGGCUAUGAGCAUUGUUAUGCCUCAGGUCCCCGUAAACUUCAUGGAUGUUUGAUUGCCUACAAAAAACACUCGUACUCUCUGGUGUCCAAGAAAACUGUCUUCUACGACGACGAAAUUCCAGGAGCAGAUGCUCAAUAUAACGUUACUGGAGCGUCAUUCAAAACACGAAACAUAGGAUUUAUGGUUGCCCUUCGCAAUUUUAACUUCACGCCAAAUGAUCCUGCCUACUCUCUAGUAACUGGGGACACACUAUUGUCACCCCAGAAGGACACAAUCAAGCCUUCUCGCGUUGUCCAUUCAUCUAUAGAUCCCAGCAUUCUCAUAAAUGCCACCUCAAUUACAAUUGAGGACGAAUCGGAGGACGUGGAUCCAGAUAGAGUAAUUGUCAAUGCUAGGCCUCCCCGACCAGAAGAUGGUAUUCUCACCAUCUCCGAAAUCGAGAGAUGGUUUGCCACUUUGCCAAAACCUGUCAGCGCGUACAACGUCGGACUGCGUACUAUAAGAGGAAAUGGCGAUAUUUUGCCGACUUUUGGAACCCGAACUGAGUUACCGCUGGGACGAAACGGCUACGACGAACCGGAAUACACAAGCUACACUCAUUAUUGGCAUCUCACCCUAGAUUAUAUAUUUUUUUUCGAAGCUCAACAGAGGCCGAUUGCUGUCUCUGGGUUGUUAUCGCCACUUUCGGAGAGUGACAUGACACCCGGACUUCCCUUAAAACGCGUCUCAGGCAGCGAUCACACUUGCCUUGUGGCCGAAUUGAACUGGUAA